UUGAUAAACAUAGAAUUUGGGGUUCUUCUUUUCUAAAAUGGACUGGUAACGGUACAGACUUUACCUUUCACAAGUUGGGAUGAAUCACAGGCGAUUGGCCCAAAAAACCCUCGACCCAUACCAUUUCGCUCCUUUUUGUUCACAUCGGCCCAGUUUACGACUAUUUCAGAAAAUGACUGCAUUUGGUUGGAAAAGAAAAGUUGGAGAAAAGGUUGCUAGAACAGCCUCAGCUGCCUUUGAAAGUGAUGCUAAAGAUGAAGAAAACCCAGAAGACUUGGAUGUAGAUUGGCUGACAUUGGUUCCACCAAGGAAAAUAAUUUGCUUAGAAGAUGCUAUUGCAAAGAGCAAUAGGUUGAAACAAGAAGGAACGGUGUUAGCAGAUUCUGAGAGAUACUGGGAGGCAAUAAGGAAAUGGGAUGAAGCCAUUAAACUAACCUCAACAGACGAAACAUUGUAUGAAAUGAAAUCUCAGGUGUUUCUGAUCCUAUGUGAACUUUACCCAGCUGUGCAUAUGGGAGAAAGAGCAGUGGACCUAAAGCCAACGUGGUGGGUGGCUCAUCAGACCCUCGGCAGAGCUCGCCUGGGCAUGGGAGAGGUAAAAUUGGCUUUAAAAAGUUUUUCCCGUGCAGUUCAUUUGAAUCCAGCAAAGCGAGCACUUUGGAAGGAUGAUUUAUGGUGGGCCGCUGAGCUUUGGAAGAAACAUACAGACUCUGUAAAAAGCUUGUUGGCUAAGGCAGAACCGGAAUCUAGUGUUGUGAUUAAAGAAUAUUCUGAGGAUGAACACAUUGAAGACGAAGAAAAUGUGUCAAUUAAAAAGACAGUGAAAUCACAUGAAAAUAUGUUCACGCAUACAGGAACAUCAAAACUGAAAAAGAGGGAUUCUAAUGAACAAUCUGACAUGAAACCCGCAUCUUUGCCAAAAAACUAUGUACAUAUGAGAGAUACUUGAAUUUUGAUGUACACUUUGUUAAUUAUAUAUAUCUAAUCUUUACUGAAUUGAAAUACAAAAGGAUCGAUUAUCACUUUAUACUAGUAUAACAAUAAUUCCUGUACAAAUAUGUGAUUGUGUACAGUAUAAUGGAAAAUAUCCUCAUAGAUGAGUGAAUGAAGAAUGACGACCACUCCUUUCUGAUUGGAGGAUUUCUCCAACCUCGAUGUAUGACAGUAAGAUUACACAUGUGCAAUAAGUAACUCUCACUUGGGAUACAUGUAUCCCUCAUUGGUGUACUCGGUGACCUUUACUAUUAUGAGAUCACAAUCAGAUGACUAUCUUAUUUUUGACCUUGCAAUUGAAAACCCAACAAAACAGCAUGAGAC